GCCAGCAUGUUAGUUUUCUAUCCAGACUUUGAAGUGAACUCCGAGCGUGAAUCUGAUGAACUGGUCUUGCUGCUCGACACGUCGGAGUCCAUGAAGGGAGAGUCUCUCGUCUUGGCCCAGAAAAUCGCCCUGAAGGUCCUCAGACAAAUGGAUAACAACACCAAACUCAAUGUCAUUGUAUUUGGCACAGAUCACAAAGACGCUUUCCUCACAGCACGGCCGCUCUUUGAAGCUCAACCGGCAGCAGAAACAUUUAUCAAGCUCUCCUCUCCAGUAGGGGGCAGCACUGAGCUGUGGCGGCCCCUGCGAGCUCUCAGCCUGCUGCCUCCGUCCCGCGGCGUCAGGAACCUGCUGCUGCUGUCGGACGGACACAUCCAGAACGCAGAGCUCACCCUGCAGCUGCUCAGAGACAACGCCGAGCACAGCCGCCUCUUCGCCUGCGGCCUCAGCCCGACAGCCAAUCGGCACAUGCUCAGAGCGCUGGCUCAGGCCGGGGGCGGAGCCUUUGAGUUCUUCGACACAAAAACCAAACACAACUGGACAGAUAAG